CCAAAUGGCGUUCUGACCGAAAGCUGAUUGCUCCAACGUUCCAUAAAAAAAUAUUGGAAUCCUUCAUCGACAUUUAUGCAAAACAAUCAAUGGUAUUGGUACGGCAGAUGGAAGUGGAAGUGGAGGGCAAGGAAUUCGAUGUAUUUAAAUACGUAUCACUUUGCACUUUAGAUAUUAUAUGUGAAACUGCGAUGGGGGUGUCAUUGAACGCUCAAACUAAUGCUGACUGCAAUUUCCCGGACGCGGCUAAUAGAUUGCUGGAGCUGUUAGCGAUAAGAGCAGUGACAUUCUGGUUACACCCUGAUAUUAUUUUCAAAUACUCACAAUUGGCAAAAGAGCAAAACCAAUGUAUAAAGUACUUGCACGACGUAAUUAAUAAUGUGAUUCGUAAAAAGAAAGCUGCGUUAACUAAAAACGAAGAAAGCCAAAAGAAUGAGGAUGGACCGCGUAAAAAGAUUUUUCUCGAUCUUUUAAUGGAACUAACACAGGAUGGAACGAAGUUUAAAGACGAAGAACUUCGCGAUCAAGUCAAUACAUUAAUAAUAGCUGGCAAUGACACGAAUGCGAACGUCAGUAGUUUCGUUAUGUUAAUGUUGGCUAGUUUCCCUGACAUCCAGGAAAAAGUUUAUCAAGAACAACUAAACAUCUAUGGACCUACUAAUAUAGAGAAUGUACUUCUUAAAGAAGAGGAUCUACAGCGAAUGGAAUAUCUUGAACGUGUUAUUAAAGAGACUAUGAGACUUUUUCCAGUCCUGCCCUUUCUCGUGAGGAAAGUAACAGAAGACCUUGAUAUCG